AUGGACCUAUUCCACACCAUCACUCAAACCAUUGACCAAGUCUUGACUUGCGACUGGUACGACUCGUUCAAGUCAAUAAAGAUGGAAGGCAACAAGGCUCAAGAUAAAACUAUGGAUACAGUUCCUGGAGGCGAGACCCCUCAAUAUGAGUCCAUCAAGACCGAGACUGUUCCCACUUCGAAGCAGAGGGGUCAAUUGGGCGGCGGCCCCAAUACCUCGGAAAGCCCCUCCAGAGCUGAAGACCGAGGAAAGCAGACAGCCGAGAAUAUCAGAUAUGGCCAGAAUAUCUCAGAGUCUGGCAUGGGGGGUAAGACAACGGCGCAGGGCGGCAGCGCCGCCCAGGGGAGCGGUUAUGGAGGGACACAAGAUCAGUCCAAAGGCCAGAAGGAUACCAGGCCACAGCAAGGAUAUGGGGCAGGAAGCGGAGUCGGGGCAUAA